CAUCAGUUUCACGUGAUUAAAGUCCCCCACAACCACGUAAAACGCCUCCGUUUACAGUGGUGACGAACACCGUGGUGAACUCCAGAGGCAGAUAGUGCGGCCGACAUUUCACUGUCAUAAGUUCUAUCGCCUCAGAGUCCUCCUCCUCGUGACUUCCCCGACCGGUGGUCACGGUCCGCCCAGAAGAGCUGCAGGCCGUUGAUCUGGAAUGCUGAGUCCGGCAUGUUGUGAUUUAGCCAGGUUUCCGUGAGGCAAAGGGCAGCACAGUUCCUCAUCUCUGUGGAAACACUCAGCCUCAGACGUAACAGGUCCACUUUGUUGUCCAGGGAGCGGACGUUGGCCAGGAACAGAGUUGGAAUUGGUGGCCUGCUAGCUUUCAGCUGGGCAAGCGCGCCUGCCCGUUUUCCUCGCCACCAGGGGGCAUCCAGAUGGUUGGUUUCACUUUUAGGGUGUUCUCAUGUUGUCCAUACCUAAUUGUAAGUGGGGAUGUGAAGAAACUGGGACAUGUCGGCUUGGUUAACAGCUGGCCAGAUGCCAGUUUCUUUCUGGGAUACGUCAGAAAGAAGUUUUGAAGUCUAGGUGCAAUCACAGAGAGUGAACCAUAUCUGAGUCUUCUCAAGAAGACCUUGCUGGCUUUUCUGUGACUACCUCAAAUCCAAAUUCAGUUCUGCUAACGGUUUCACAUCUGCCGCUGAUCAACAUGUCAAGCUAUGUCGGAAAUCUUCAGGGAAGACAGAAACUACGAGGUAGUAAACGCUGAUGUGAACACUGCAGGAUUCAAAAUAUUUAAAACACACAAUCUAUUGUUGUGUGUAAAAAUUACAGUAUAAUACAGGCACAAGUGUGAUGAGGGGGCAAAGGAAAGUAUGACAGGUGCAAAUAUGCCCAACAAGACCUCUGAGUUCAGGCCUCCAGAGUUUGAUGAAGUUGUUUGGAUGAAAAGUAGCACAUGGUGGAAAUUUAAUUAGAUCCAUGGAGGGUCAUGCAGGCUGAUAAAAAUAACAACCCACAAACUCAGUGAGUUCAUUGUCAGCAUUUUGGAUGUCUGUCAUUCCUGCAAUAUUUCAACGAACACACGUGCAGUCAAGCUCACGAGCUACUGCAUGAGGUAUGUUAAUGUAAUCGUGACUUAAAGACUGAAAGUAGUCUUGUCUGUUAACAGUUUGUCUGGAUUAACUUAAUGGAUAACAGAGUAAAUGUAACAUAUAUAACUGUUGAUGGGUACGUGGAUUUGUACAAAUACAGAUAUCUUUAUUUUGUCAUCAUGUUCACAGCUUAUAUUCUAAUAAUCUGCAGUAAUUCUACUGUUGUGUAUCUCAUCUGGAUUCAUCAAAACCUCCAUGAGCCCAUGUACAUUUUCAUUGCAGCUCUGUUAAUCAACUCUCUUGUUUUCAGCACUGCGAUCUACCCAAAGCUGUUGAUUGACUUUUUAUCUGAGAAACAGAUCAUAUCUUAUUCAGCCUGCCUCUUUCAGUGGUUUAUAUUUUACUCUUUGGGUGGUUCAGAGUUCUUACUGUUGGCAGCCAUGUCUUAUGACAGAUAUGUGUCCAUAUGUAAACCUCUGCAGUAUCCAGCUAUCAUGAGGAAAACAACUGUCAGUAUAUUUCUGGCUUUAGCUUGGCUUGUGCCUGUUUGUCAGACGGCAGUACCACCUGUAAUGAAUGCUAAUAAGAAACUCUGUAACUUUACUUUCAAAGGAAUCAUUUGUAACAGCACAGUUUACAAACUUCACUGUGAGAGUUCCAGACUGCUGAAUAUAUAUGGUUUGUAUGCUUUGGCAAAUAAUGUACUUCUACCUGUGCUCUUUAUCCUUUUUACAUACACCAGAAUAUUUAUAAUAUCCUAUCGAAGUUGUAGAGAAGUCAGAAGAAAAGCUGCACAGACUUGUUUACCACACUUGAUGGUAUUAAUCAACUUUUCCUGUUUGAGUACAUUUGAUGUGCUUUUACUGCGACUGGAAACUGAUUUUCCUAAAACUGCCCGCUUCAUAAUAACAUUACAAAUCAUCCUGUAUCAUCCUCUCUUUAAUCCAAUCAUAUAUGGACUGAAAAUGAAAGAAAUUUCUAAACACCUCAAGAAGCUGUUGUGUAAGUAACAAGAUCUAAUGAACAAACAAACGAUAACUGCACAGUCACUGUCCUCCUGUCAUAAUCAUUUAGAGAUGUGAUUUCUGUGAAUCAGUAAAGAGCAUCAUCGGCUUCAUUAAUGUAAUGACUAAACAAAUGACUGCAGUUUAAAGAGAACUUAAGAGAUCAAAAAUACUGCAACACUAAAUAAAGAAGUUUGU